AAGAAAAGAUGCGACGUCCAGUGCUAGUCAAGUGGCACCGAUGAUGGUACCGUAACUCGUGGAUUUGUCGGUUGUCCUGUUUCACCUGUACCUGCAGUUCACACCGGAUCACGCCCUUCUUCUUUUACACCGCUCUCACUAACGGUUAAUCGACGUCGACCACUUCUUGCGUUCGAAGGAGAAUUGAACGCACUGUUGGGAACGUAUGUACUUGCGAGCUGUGGAAAAGUUAUGACGCCCCUCGAAUUAGUUAUUUAGACAUUUCGAAAGAAUGGCAGUGCUGCUUAAUAUGUUGACGUUGAAACAGAUCGUGCAUGUCUCUGCUCGAUACGCGCAUAAGAAGAUUCAUUGGGCCAAACUGAAGAAGUUGAAAACGGUGAGAGACAAAGCACUCGAACAUUUCGACGAGUUCUACGCAAACGUUUAUGGAAAAAAGUGGCCGGAUAUACGAGCCGCAUUGUUGAAAGAAGAAACCAAAUAUAUGGCUGUGGUUAACAACUUCAGUGAUCCGGAUAGAGUCAAGUCUGAGCUAGAGCUACUUGGUGCAAUAAAUUUAAGAACUUUGUACAAUGUGCACAAAGAAAAUUUAGAUUUUUUUGAAGCUAAAAGAAAAGCCGAAUCACAAGAUGAGCAAAAUUUAGAGCAAGUUACAACAUCUGAAGAUCAAUUGGCAGAACUUCAGACUAUUCAUCCUGCCAAUCGUCCAAAUUUAUUCGAAGCAUUGAAUGCCGAAUCUACUGAAUUUGUUAACAAUGACAGACAAAAACAUAUAGAAUUAAAAUCUAUAGAUGAAAAUCUAAAUGAGGUUGAAUUAGAUACCAAUCGUAUUGUCAAUUCAUCUCUAGAUUUGUCUAUGCUUCAGGAAUAUAUACCUACUACCAAAAUAAAAGGCUUGGAUGAUUGGGUUUUGGAGUCUGAUCAUUAUAAGUUUUACGAUAAAGCCAGUGAUUUCAGAAUAAAUGUUGAGAAAGAAUCUGUUCUGUCAUUUCCAGAACAUUUGUACGUGUAUACCUUUGAAAGAGAAAAUUACACUAGAUUUCCAAAUCCUAAAAAGGGAUCUACUGGUGUUUCAGAUUAUUAUUUGUUUGAUGGUGGAUCUAUACUUCCUGUGCUGGCUCUAGAUAUACAAUUUAAUGAUAUGGUGCUUGAUAUGUGCGCUGCACCUGGAGGGAAAGCUUUAACCAUAUUUCAAACUCUUAUGCCCCGUGUAUUAGUUGCUAAUGAUGUUGGGCAAUCUAGAAUAAACAGACUCAAGAAUGUUAUGAACGAGUAUGUUUCAAACAUUUGUGAAGGACAAAAUAUGUUAAUUAUAACACAACAAGAUGGUAGAUCAAUUGAUGAAAAUGGUAGAUAUAAUAAGAUUUUAGUUGAUGUACCAUGUACAACGGAUAGACACAUGUUACAUUCUGAUGAUAAUAAUAUUUUCAAGCCAAGUAGAACUAAGGAAAGAUUAAAAAUGCCAGAGAUUCAGGCUGAGAUUUUGACGACUGCAUUGAAAUUAGUUUCAGUAGGAGGUACAGUUGUUUAUUCAACGUGUGCUCUUAGUCCCGUACAAAAUGAUGGUGUUGUACAAGUAGCACUGAAAAGAGCAUGGGAAGAAAAUAAUUGCGUUAUGGUUGUAAAAGAUAUGACAGAAGCAUUAUUGCCUCUACAAUGCAUAUAUAACUUUGGUAACAUUGAUUUAAAGUAUGGUCAUAUUGUUAUACCAACUCUUCAAAAUAAUUGGGGACCAAUGUAUUUUUGUAAAAUGGAGAAAGUACAGUAAAGGUGAGUGACUGAUAGCCCAUUUGACAAUUAAGAUUAAAUAGCUAAAUAAUUUAUACUUCUAAUGCAAAUAUUAUUGUGAAUGUCUAACACAUUGUUUAAGAGAUGGUAUUUAACAAAUAUGUACGUGCGUAAUCGUAAUGUAAAAAAUUUGUUACAAUAAAUAAUGUGAAAAAUGAAAAUAAUUUCAUACAAAAA